GGCUCUCAGACUUCUCAUCUCCAUACAGUCAGAGUGAACUGCGGGGGCAGACGGAGCGGGUUGCUGCAGUCCUCGACAGCGGAAAGAGCCGCAAAUAAGGAUUUUUUCAUCGAGCUGUAUCGACCCACAACUCCUGCUUUUGUUUCAUUUUCGCCUACUUCUCUUUGGAAUCCAACAAACGGAACUUUUCUCUUCUGUGGAGUUUGGAGAGCCGGGUUUUCUCCGGAUAUGGACAGUCUGCGCCCCGCUGCAGGGAGCGACUGGCCGGUGUUCACUCUGUAGGCUCGGAAUAAAACUGUAGUCUGGGACUUUUCUCACUGGAUGUUUGAUGAAGCGCUUCACAUUUUCGGUCACUUCUGGGACGCCGUGGAUAUACCAGGUUAAGGAACGGAUAGAUACUCGUGAUUCCCGGUCGACGUCAAGAAGGAUUUACGCUUCUAAAGUUGCAAGAAAAACAUGGAGACUGUAAGUCGGCAAAGCUUCCAGCCUCACCCGGGACUGCAACAAACUCUGAAGCAGUUUCACCUCAGCUCUAUGAGCUCCCUGGGCGGACCAGCGGCUUUUUCUGCCCGGUGGCAACAUGAGCUCCUCUUCAAGAAGGACGGCAAGGAGCCCGAGCCGGUCCUGCAGCAUCUGCCACCUCCGGUGAUGCCGGGCCCGCUCUUCAUCCCGUCGGACCGCUCCACGGAGAGGUGCGAGACAGUGCUGGAAGCCGAGACCAUCUCGUGCUUCGUGGUCGGCGGGGAGAAGCGCCUGUGUCUGCCGCAGAUCCUCAACACGGUGCUGCGGGACUUCAGCCUGCAGCAGAUCAACUCGGUGUGCGACGAGCUGCACAUCUACUGCUCCCGGUGCACGGCGGACCAGCUGGAGAUCCUCAAAGUCAUGGGGAUCCUGCCCUUCUCUGCGCCGUCCUGCGGCCUCAUCACCAAGACUGACGCGGAGCGGCUCUGCAACGCCCUGAUCUACGGAGGAGCUUACCCGCCGCGCUGCAAGAAGGAGCUGAGCGGAGGAGGCGCGCUGGAGCUCGAGCUCACCGAGAGGAGCUUCAAAGUCUACCACGAGUGCUUCGGCAAGUGCAAGGGCUUGUUCGUACCGGAGCUGUACUCUAGCCCAAACGCAGCGUGCAUCCAGUGCAUGGACUGCAGACUCAUGUACCCGACGCACAAGUUCGUGGUGCACAGCCACAAGGCGCAGGAGAACAGGACUUGCCAUUGGGGCUUCGACUCGGCCAACUGGAGGGCGUAUGUCCUCCUGGGCCAGGAUUACACGGGAAAAGAGGAGAAGGCACGCCUGGAGCAUCUCCUGGACGAGAUCAAGGAGAAGUUUGACUUCGCCAACAAGUACAAGAGGAAAGCUUCGUCCAGGGUGCCCGAUCCCAUCCCGUUCAAAAAGUCCAAACAUGAAGACUUCCCCUCACAGUCCCCGCUGUCCGACAAAGAGAAGCAGCACGACUGGCUCCAGUCCCUCUCCGCCUCCAAUAAGGGGUUCAACUGCAUCCAGCCCAGGCAGAGGCCCUCAGCUUUCAGACCCUGGUCCCCCCACAUCUCUGCUGGUGAAAAGGAGCCCACCAGUCACCCCCUGGCCCUGCUGAGAGACAGCUUCUACAACUACAAGAGUCUGGAGAAAGCUGUGGCCCCUAAUGUCGCCCUCACACCACUGCCCCUGGGGAAGGUGGGUCCCAUGUCCCCCUCUGUGCCCAGCACCUCCCACCCAAGCGGAGGCGAACCCCCAGGUGAGGGUGCCCACGCCUCCUCCAGGCCUCGCAAGAGAAGAGCCACAGAAGAGCUCCCGGCACCGGAAGCCCCCUGCCUUCCCCCUUCAGCUGCCAGCAAGCCGCCGCCGCCACCGCCACCACCCCCACCCCCACCUCAGGAAGACAAAGACUCUGAGGUGGAUAUCGAGGUGGAGAGUCGUGAUGAAUUCACCUCGUCCCUGUCCUCCCUGUCGUCACCGUCCUUCACCUCAUCCAGCAGCUCGGCAAAGGAUCUCAGCUCGCCUGGCGCGCAGGGGCCCGUCUGCACCGUCACGUCUGCAGAGGGCACACCACCUGCGGCUGCACCCGUCGCAGCCCCCGUCACCCCUCCGGAGCUGGGGCUGGAGUCAGAGCUGGAGAGCCUGAGGCAGGCGCUGGACAGUGGGCUCGACUCCAAAGAGUCGAAGGAGAAGUUCCUGCACGAGAUUGUGAAGAUGAGGGUGAAGCAGGAAGAGAAGCUGGGAUCAGCCCUGCAGGCCAAACGCAGCCUCCAGCAGGAGUUGGAGUUCUUGCGAGUGGCCAAGAAGGAGAAGCUUCGGGAGGCAACCGAGGCGAAACGAAACCUGAGGAAGGAAAUCGAGCGUCUGCGAGCGGAGAGCGAGAAGAAGAUGAAGGAGGCCAACGAGUCGCGGAUCCGUCUGAAGCGGGAGCUGGAGCAGGCCCGGCAGCUGAGGGUGUGUGACAAAGGCUGCGAGGCCGGACGUCUUCGGGCAAAGUACUCUGCACAGAUCGAGGACCUCCAGAUGAAGCUGCAGCACGCCGAAGCCGACCGUGAACAGCUCCGAGCGGACCUGCUGCUGGAGCGGGAGGCCAGGGAGCAUCUGGAGAGGGUGGUGAAGGAGCUCCAGCAGCAACUGUGGCCCAAACCCAACAGUGACAAGGAGGGGACGCCCAAGGAGACUACAGCUGACAACUAACCCAGCAGCCAACCUCAACACCCAUCCAUUCCCCCACAUCGCCAUGAUACCCCGACAUCCUCUACCCGACUCAGACCAUAAACACACCCAGGAGUCCAGGGCCGGCCACAUCGCAACACUGUCCACCAUGAAAAGACUCACCGCCAACCAGAGACAGAAGAACUGACGACCUGCGUCCUGAUUCAUGCCCAGAAAAUCACGAGAGAGGUUUCCUCAGAGAAAGACUGUGAAGCAGCACGGAAACAACUCGCUUCUUCUGAACUCAGAACUGAAAACUGGAUUAUGAGACUGAAGAGAAACACACUUUAAAAAAAACAUGGUUGUGUCUGUUUUCUCUCUGAUGUGAAAUUCAUCAGACGGACAUCUGAGAAGAGCUGAUAGAGAAGUUUACAGCUGUCAAGGUGUGGAUGUGGCCAGGAUGGCAGGGGUCGAUUUUAACCCUGAAAGAGUCACCACCAACCCCGUCCAUCGCCACCACCAAGAUGGAGGAACACGUUAUAAGCUAUUUAAGGGACUACAUAGCGAUAUGUAAAGAAAAAAAGACAGUUUCUUUGUUUCUCUGUGCUAUUGGAGUUUGAAAUAUAUAUAUAAAAAAAGAUACAAAUAAAUCAGAAGAUGAACAAAACAAGCGAAUGAACUCUCCACAGUGCCACCGUGGUUUUGUCGGUUUUUCAGGAAGCCAUAGAAGUCCACUGAGAGCGAAGAACAUCGAGCCCGAAGGUCGAGCGACCCGUCUUUUCCUCCCAUUGUUGUUUUAUAAAAUCAUUUCUGUCUCAUUUCUCUGAACAGCAGGGGGCUCGCUCUCUCUCGGGUCGAUGUUUUCCUCCCUUUGGAUCAAACCCUGGGACAGGGAUUGGAAGUAACAUCAAGCUGUGUUUAAGUUUUAAGAGAGCACUUGUUUGGGGUGAUAAAGAACAAACUCCAACAGUCGCUGUCUCACACACAUACACACACACAUACACACACAUGUUGGUUUCCAUUUGUUAUUUUGAGCAUUUGGGUCAAACCCUGAAGUCUUUAUCUUGUAAAGAUAAAACUCUCCAGAUGUGAGUGUGAGAGAUAAAGCCGGCACGUUUCCUUACUCCGUGAAACCAUCAGAUCUGAAAUCACAGCGGGCGGGACGGGACACCUUUUGGCAAGAACCACAAAAUGUUCAUUUAAUUAAAUUAAGGUCUGUAAAUAUAAAUAUAUGUUGUUGUUUUUUAACUUUACAAUAAUGAAUCGCACUUUGUCAUAACAAAAUACUGUUAUAAAAGCAUUGUACUCCCACUAUUGUCUUCAGUUUACUUUGAAAACAUCAUUAUACAUGAAUACCAUAUAAACCCAGUAAGCAUUUUGUUGAUUAUAUGCGAGUAAUACUGUCGCUCCGUUUUCUAAAAGGCAAAGUAUUGUAAAUAAAGUGAAAGAAAAAAGGCUCCACCUGUUGUUUGCUGAAGUUUCGGGCUGUGCGUCGUGGCAUCGUGUAAAAUAACAGACACACGGCGUGUCAGGGAGGUGAGCGGAGCCGGAACAAACAGCCUCAUGUUCGAAGAAUAAAAUGCGAUUUUAUUCCAAAGGCAGUCGUGUAAAUCUGCCGUCACAUAGUGGGUACAAUGCAAUCAGAAUGUACAUUGUGUUAAUGCUAUUUUUCCUUUGGUUGUUGAUGUUGUUUUAAACGUGGAGAUAUUUUAUUGCUUGUCUGUUAUGUUCACUUUUUUCAAUAGAAACUCAUAUUUUCUUUAUGCAUGAAAUUUGAGAGAGUUUGCCAUACAUAUAGUCAGUUAUUGGGCAUUGAUACUGUACGUGUAAGGGUUUUAUUGUGUUAUACAAUAUAAAGCAAUUUGUCUUAUUUAGAAAAGGAAUGAAAAAGAAACACAGCGUAUAUUGUUCUUAAAAAAAAAACUUCACACUUGCAAAAAAAAAAAAAAAAAAAGACGACAAAAAAAAAAGUCUAAAUGCAAUGCUGGACAACCUCAAGUGCCUGGACGUGGGCGAAAGGUUUCCAGAGAAGGAACACUGAUGAUGAAGCUGUCGGGGCUGGGCCUCUCAUCAACUUCCUGUUUGCAGGUUUCAAAUUAAUAGCCCCUCCCUCGCUCAGCAGCUCUUUUUAUCAGUAUUCCUAAAAACGAACCAGUUUACAAACUUUUUCUUUUUCAAUGCAGAGAACAAUUGAGCAAAUGCUAGAUGAUGCUCCAGGCUUUUUUCUGAAUGAGUGUUUUUUUCUUCAUUUGAAAUCAAUGAUAUGCAUGUUCAAACAGUUUUUAUAGAAGACCUUGAAAAGCCACUUGCUUUUGGUGAAUUGUUACUUUGGGUUGUACAUAAAGACUAAACUGUUUAUUCCCAGUUUGUCCUGAGGCGGACACGUCGAGGAUAAUAAAGAGGGCAUUAUGUGAAGACGCCCUUUUCUUAUCGAACAUCACUGAUGUUGCUCAGAGAACAACGCUGCGACUUUGGCAGACUUUAAAUUGGUACAUUUUGUAGUUGUUUUUACACUCUGAAGAGGUGAUAGCCUAUGUGUAGUUUACUUUACUCAUGGUUUUCUACAAAAGAAGGGAGACAUAACGACAUUGGCUCUUCAUUCUCCCGAUGCAAAAAGAAAAAGCAGUUUAACAAAGUCUUGUUUUCUAAAGGAGAAUCAUUUUGCUAAAUAAUGGACAGAAACGCAGCAAUAACAGUCCAUAUUAACAGACAAAUACUAGCCAGUGUGAAGAUUUGAAUAAGAAUUUACAAAUGUAAAUAUUUUUUUCAUUUACGAUAUUGUAUAAUAUAUGUACAUGGUGUUUCCUUUUUCAAAAAGAAAUUUUUUCUUACAAUAGCUGUCUUGUUUUUUUUUUGUUUUUUUUUGAAUUUGUGUUUUAACUGAGAUGUUUCAAAAACAGUUAAUGCAGUGCGUAAGAGAAUAUUCCCUACAUAAACAUGUUAAUCCAAUCCUUUCUUUUCUUUUUUUACUGUAGAGUCUUUAUAUUGAAUGACUUUUUUCACCAGUUCAUAUAUAUUUUUAACAUAUGUUCAGUAUCAGAUAGCCGUCGGGGUCACACACACGUGACUCAGCCAUGUCGCAGAUUGUUUGCCCCCAUCCUCAUGUAUCUUGUUAGCCCUAUGCUGCUGCUAAUACUCUAAAAACCUUACAGUUCUAGAAAUAUUUUUAUGUAAGAGGUUAAUGUAAGCUUUCCCAUUUAAUAAUGCCACAUAUACAGUAUGAAAAAGAGCUUGGCUUAUUCAUCUAUCUCCCUUGUUUCCCUCAUCUUUUCACGCCUUUUUCCUCAUACCCCGUCCAACAACCACCCUUCCCCCCUUCUCUCACGACACGGACUAUAUUGUAAAGUAAAGGACUUUAUGAGAUUAUGUUUGAAAAUAGCUAUGCUUAUAUACUACAGUGACUGAAUGUACAGUGUAUAGAUGCAUUACCAGAAAUAAAGUUGUUUGUCCAGAUUGAA